ACCCCAUUAAUUUCCAUCUUUUUUUGCCCUUUAGCCCAUUCAUUCCUGCCCAUUCCAUCCUCUCUCCAAAUCGAGUUCUUUUUUCCGGGUCUCAUUUUGGGUCCGAAUGUGUGUCUGAUUUCAGACAAUAUCGUACAGAAUCGGUUGAAAAGAAAAUGUUGCCGCAGAUGCAAGCAGAGGAAGCCAUGGCCUCAAGCUUGAACCAGGCAGAAGAUGACGUUGUUGGAGACAAAGAAGCAGAAGAAUCGUCCAUUCCCAGUGUGAAGAGCUUUCUCUGGCAUGGCGGCUCUGCUUGGGAUGCAUGGUUUAGUUGUGCUUCCAACCAGGUAGCCCAAGUGCUGUUGACACUGCCAUACUCUUUUUCACAACUGGGAAUGCUAUCAGGAAUAAUGUUCCAAGUCUUCUAUGGUGUGAUUGGUAGCUGGACAGCUUAUCUCAUCAGUGUCCUGUAUGUUGAGUACAGAAGUAGAAAAGAGAAAGAAGGUGUUUGCUUCAAGAACCAUGUCAUUCAGUGGUUUGAGGUGCUAGAUGGGCUUUUGGGUCCAUACUGGAAAGCAGUUGGGCUGGUCUUCAACUGCACUUUCCUUCUCUUUGGAUCAGUGAUACAGCUCAUAGCCUGUGCAAGCAACAUAUAUUACAUAAAUGAUGGAUUGGACAAGAGGACAUGGACAUACAUAUUUGGAGCUUGCUGUGCGACGACUGUCUUUAUCCCUUCCUUCCACAACUACAGGAUUUGGUCUUUCCUUGGCCUUGGAAUGACCACUUACACUGCUUGGUAUCUCACUGCUGCAGCUCUUGCUCACGGUCAGGUUGAAGGCGUGGAACACUCCGCACCAGUGAAAGCAGUGCUGUAUUUCACGGGCGCCACGAACAUACUAUACACAUUUGGGGGGCACGCUGUAACUGUGGAAAUCAUGCAUGCGAUGUGGAAACCGCAGAAGUUCAAAUACAUUUACUUGUAUGCCACACUCUAUGUCUUCACUCUCACCAUUCCAUCAGCCACCACGGUGUAUUGGGCCUUUGGGGAUGAGCUUCUCGACCACUCCAAUGCCUUCUCCCUCCUCCCUAAAUCCAGGUGGCGCGAUGCUGCUGUCAUCUUGAUGCUCAUUCACCAGUUCAUCACAUUUGGGUUCGCUUCAAUGCCGUUGUACUUUGUAUGGGAAAAGGUGAUUGGGAUGCAUGACACAAAGAGGAUUUGUGUGAGGGCACUUGCAAGGCUCCCGGUGGUGAUACCCAUAUGGUUCUUGGCCAUAAUCUUCCCUUUCUUUGGCCCUAUAAACUCGGCCGUUGGGGCACUUCUUGUUAGCUUCACGGUCUACAUUGUCCCAUCUCUUGCUCAUAUGCUCACCUUUCGCAAACCAUCCGCUCGCAAGAAUGCUGCGGAAAAGCCUCCGUUCUUCUUGCCGAGCUGGACCGCCAUGUACAUUGUGAACAUCUUCAUAGUGGGCUGGGUUGUUGUAGUUGGGUUUGGGUUCGGAGGAUGGGCCAGCAUGACCAAUUUCGUGAAACAGGUGGACACGUUCGGGCUCUUUGCCAAGUGCUACCAGUGCAAGCCCCCCAAGCCUGUGGCCCUUCCGCCCCACUGAGUGCUAGUCGAACUCACUCUUGUUACUCCCUCCGUCCCAUUUUAUAACGCCUGUUUCCGUUUACGAUGUUUGACUGAAAUUAUUUUCAAAUCAUUUUAUAUGACAAAUGGUAUAUAGUUAAAAAAUAAAAAUUACAUAUUAAAAUACUACAUCAAAAGAUCUACAAAACUAGUAGUGACAACAAUACUUUAUUUUAUCAAUUUGCUAAUGAAAAUUGAGAAAGAAAGUGAAUGAAGUUUGACCAUGUGAAUAGUGAACAGGCAUUAUAAUUUGAGACAGAGGGAGUAAUAUUUAAUGAAAUAGGGUCUUGUUU